GGCUGAGCCACACCCCUAAUACGAGAUACGCCCUUUUGAGUGGGCGUAGAAGUGAACGCAGCAACCAACAAUGGCAAGCUCUUCUUCCUCUGCUCCUUUUAUAAACGUUUGUGAUAAAGAACUAAGUAUUGAUGAGUAUCACUCAGUGUAUGAUAAAGUGAAGCCUAUUUCUGCUAGUUGGAAGUCAUUCGCCAUUUCAUUACGUUUGAGAAUAACUGACAUUAAUAUCAUAGAAGCUAGCUCUCAUGGAAAUCCAAUUUCUUGCCUGCAGAAAGUUUUAGAGCACUGGCUAAUGAAAGAUUAUGAUUAUGAGCGUUAUGGCUGGCCCUGCUGGAGAAUGGUGUGUGUAGCUGUUAAAGAAGGAGGAGGAAAUUCAGCAUUAGCUGAUGAAAUAGCUCGUGAACAUCCUCUACCAGCUAUGCCGCCUGCAGGAUCAACUAGUUCAAAAGGUACAUAUAUUAGUUGAGUGUUGUCAUCAAUAGUAUCACUGUCAGUGUAUCAGUAUCCAUGAUAAUACAUUAUGUGUUAGUGUAGGUUGGGUUGGGUAGCCUAAUUAUCUCCUUUUUUGGUAUUAAACUAAUUGCUUGCAUAGUUAAAGUCACACUACUGAUAUAGUACAUGAAUAUCAUUAUCAAGCAAUGAAUAUUAUUAUGUACA